UCUGGGAGUAGACGCAAAACCACUACCCUCAAGUAUGAUCCGCCAUACUCGAAAAAGCCCAUCGCCAAGGGCUAUGCCAGCGCCGCAGCCACUGCCGCCAAUCAUCACUCGGUUGAGGAGGUUUCACUGGAUGGUUCCAGCAAAUUGGUGUACGCCAAUCAGGCAGGCUUCAGGGAUAAAAGCAUACAUGGCCGCCGUUAUACUGGCGGCGGCGAAGAUGAUCAGGCCCAUUCUGAAAAGGGCAUACUAAAGAAGCACAGCUACGGCCUUGUGCACACCGAACAGUUGAAGGACAAAUGGGGCGACGAUGUACAGUCCGACAAUCUCGAGCUUAUUACACAACAGGACGGUGCACUCGGCGCCUCCACUAGCGGUGGUGCGGCGGUCUCCGAAGUAGAGCGCACCCUAAAAUCCCUCAACGGCUAUCACGAAGACAUCCUCGAGGCAUUGCGUAAUGCGGCCUCACAUCGUGGCACCGCCACCGGCAAUACGCCAGUCGGUAGCGGCAGCCUAAGCGAAGAGAUGCUACGCAAAACGCUGCAAGACUGCCAAAGUGCACAACUUGGCUACAGCGUGGAACCGUAUAAACGCUCAAGCGGUUCCAAGUCUAGUUCACGUGAAAAUAUCUGCGAUCCGGCGCAAGCGCAUUUGCUCAUCGAAAGUGCGGGCAUUGGCGGGCAUGCCGGUGCCGUGUUGCAUCAUCAUCGAUCACAGCAUCAGCUGCAUCAGCCGCCACCAACACUGCAACAGCAACAACCGCCGCUGGACGACGAUGAUGCUCCAUCGACUGGACCGCUGCGUAUACGCAAUUUGGAGGAUCUGAUACGACAGCUGGAGCAUCAUUCGUCGCGCCAUAUGAGUCCUAGCGGCUCCGAGGACAUUCGAAUGUCCGAGACGGAAGCCGAUCGCCAUUAUAGAUUAGAUAGUUCCGCCGCUUGUAGUGAAUCCUCGCAAGGCAGUCGUUUGCGCCCGCGCUCCGACGAGGAGUCGCGCUUCGCCUACGGAAGGUACAGACAUCCUCCUCAAGCAACAAGUAGACAUCCAUCGCAUCAAUCGCACUCACCUCAUGCUUUCGGCCACCAUACGCAUCAUUCGCACGCCCACGGUCAUGCUACGCACGGCCCACACUCAUCACAUCACUCGUCGCAUACACACUUGCACCAGGACGACGAGGGUAUAUACGAGAGUGCCGAUCACCAUGAACGUUCGGUGGUUGAGGCACGACUCGAUCCGCGUGAAACACCCGACAGUGAGAGUGAUGACUUUAUUCAAGCUCAACAACAGUUAGCCCGGUGGGCGAGUGAGGAUGUGGUAUCCGUCGUGGUAUUGGAUCAACAGCAAUCCGGCACAAUGUCGGAUUCCCAACAAUCCAGCGGCGUCGGACCAAUGUCAACGGCUACAACGAGUACCGUUAUACAUCAUCAACACCCGCACCAGCACCACGGCGAUCAUCCAUCCUCGGCAGCGGCCUCAGCGGCAGCGGCGGCGGCGGCAGCAGCAGCGGCAGCCAACAGCAACUCUAUAAUGGGUUUGGGGGUCGUACCAAAUGGUAUAAAUGUAAGUCAGAGGGACUAUUACCCCUCGCCACCCUCAACGGAGACGGAAAGCAGUGGAAGUGUUAUCCAACCGCUCAGCCGCCGUUUGCCUAUGCCAGCCGAUACAGGCCAACAGCAAGCGCAAUUGCAACUGCAUCAACUGCAUCAGCAUCAACAGCAGCAGCAUCAGCAGCAAAUGCAGCUGCAGCAGCAGCAAGGCGACACCACCAGCAGCAGCAACAACAGUCAAUCAGGACAAAUAAUGGAGAAUGGUCGAUAUCCGGAAUAUAAACACUGAUCAUAAUGUCAAUGCCAACAACAGCAACAACAACAAAUGCAACAACAACAACAACACGAGCAAGAGCUACAAUAGCAAAAGCAACAACAGCAAACACAAUAAUAAAUUGUAUAUAGCAAAGCACAGUAGAUAAUACCCGAAAAAAUUCAAAAUUAUUUACAUAUACAAAUUGUUGUUGUACUGAUGGAAAUUCAUGCAUACAUAUGCCGAAAUAAAGAGAAUAAAAUAA